AUAAUAGCCAUUUCUCGCUCGUCCAAUCUUUCCUUGACUAUCUCUGAGCCCAUCACCACAGUCCAGUCUCUUCUGCUUCUCUACCGCCGGCCGGACACUCUUUUUCAUCUUUCCACUAUAUCACAACUUUGAACCACAAAGAGCCUCUCGUUUCAUGAUUUCUUCCUUUUGAGAUACCCCAAACCCAACGCCGUAACAUCUAAACACCAUGAAGUUCACACUCCAAACUGCCCUCUUCGCUCUCACCAUGGCCAUCGGCGCCAGCGCCGCAGCCGUAGAGGACCCCACCUCGGCCGCAGCCCGCCGCGACGUCCUCCUGAUGGAGCGUCAGGGCGCGAACGCCAACCGGCCCGUCCCCAACGGCGCCUGCUGCGUCGCCAACACGAGCUUGAAGCAGGACGUCUGCAACGUCAACGGUCAGACUGGCCGCUGUGUUCCCGACAGCAUCAACAACUGCGGCUCAAGCUUGACUUGCAUCGAGGACAGCCGGUUGGAUUGUGACCCGAACACGCUCGAGCGUGGUCGUCCCCUUUGCCGCCGCAGACAGGGAGCGUAAAGGGGGUGCGGUCGCGGGAGGAGUAAUAUGAGCGAGCUUUGGUGAUUUCUGGUUUUUCGGGUAGCAUGGUAUCAGUCACAUCAAGAUACCACCACGAUCAAAAGCGUCCAAGUUUUGCUCAAAUUCGUCGGUUGAUCAAAGUAGAACGGAAAAGUUGCGAUAGUGAACA